AUGAAAGACUGUAUCACUGAGAAGCAGUACUGUGUCCCUGCAGGGGAUGUGAGGAAUGGAGCUAACACUGUCCCUGAAGAUGUGAAACAGCACCACGUGGCCCAGGUCUGCUGCCGCAGGAAGAAAGAGAAAAGGAAGGAUGACCUCCUUGAUGACAUGGUGGAGGACCUAGACGUAAAUGAAGACGGCACUCUGUCCUUUGAGGAGUUUACUGUUCUGAUGGCAAGGAACCUUGUCAGCGAUGAGAAGCGGCGUGGGAGACACCCACGUGACUCUGUGUCGGUGUCCUGGGACCACUUGAAGAUGCUGCCCUGGCUUCUUGUCUUCUCUGCUCUGGGUCUACUGGCACGUGGUGAUCCUUCCAUAGUUUCCCGAAAGGAGUGGGGAGCAAGUUCACUGACCUGCAAAGUCCUGCUGAGCCUGCCUGUGCCCUACCUCAUCACAGAGCAGCUUACCAGGAUGGAGUGCCAAGAUCAGAUCACCUGCAGCCAGAUGGUGCGGGUCUUACAGUCUCAUUCUGUCUACAACAAAGGCUGGUGUGAUUUGGCCUUCAACUUCCUGGUUGGGGAUGAUGGCAGAGUAUAUGAAGGCGUCGGUUGGCGUGUCCAAGGCUCACAUGCUCAAGGCUACAGGAAUGUUUCUCUGGGCAUUGCCUUCUUUGGAAGUAAGAGAGGCGGCAGCCCCAGUCCUGAAGCUUUAUCAGCUGCCAAGGACCUGAUCUCCCUCGCCACUCAGCAUGGCUACCUGUCACCCAGGUACAUCCAGCCAUUUCUCUUAAAAGAAGAGACCUGCUUGGUUCCUCAUCACUCAGAGAUACCCAAAAAAGCAUGCCCCGAUAUCGUCCCACGGUCCGCUUGGGAAGCCAGAGAGACACACUGCUCUCAAAUGAGCCUUCCAGCCAAGUUUGUCAUCAUCAUCCACACUGCUGGGGAAAGCUGCAACCAGUCCGCCGACUGCUUGGUUCGCGUCAGAGACACACAGUCAUUUCACAUAGACAAGCAAGAUUUCUGUGACAUUGCAUACCACUUUCUAGUGGGCCAGGAUGGCGGAGUAUAUGAAGGAGUUGGCUGGCAUGUCGAAGGCUCCCACUCCUAUGGAUACAAUGACAUCGCUUUAGGAAUUGCCUUCAUGGGAAACUUUGUAGAAAAGCCUCCAAAUGAAGCUGCACUGCAGGCAGCCCAGGACUUGAUCCAGUGUGCCGUGGCCAAGGGGUACCUGACCCCCGACUACCUGCUAAUGGGCCACAGCGAUGUGUCUGACAUCCUAUCCCCUGGACAGGCAUUGUAUGACAUUAUCAAGACGUGGCCUCACUUCAAGCACUGA